AUGCAGAAGCGAUACUCGCGUUCGCGUCCCGCAUCGAUCUCCAUCUCGGGACUGCUGCCUUCGAACCAGCCACCCAACCAACAAUCAUCGCCAUCGAGCUCCACCAUCACAUCGACAACGAUCACCUCGCCACACGACUCUGUAACACCAAUCACCUUCACUGUAACAACAACCUAUUUAGAUCAACUGCAGCAGCAGCUACAACAACAGCAACAGAUACAACAGCAGCAACAAGAACAACAGCAACAACAACAUCAACACAACCUCGAAAGAAGAAAAGCAAAACUGACAGCCGAGGAUUUACAAUACCAACAGUUUAUCGAAGAGAAUCAAUUCUUAAAGAAUCAAUACGCACAACAACCACAACAAAUAAAUCAACAACCAUUACAACUUCAACAACAACAACAACAGCUUCAAGUUCCAAACGACAACAGUAGCAAUGGAAGUAAUAGUAAUACCAAUAUCAACAAGUAUUAUCGUCGUAGUGUUGCAUUUGGUACUGCCAAUAGCAACAGCAAUAGUAUCAAUAGCAACAACAAUUUGGUUAGUGAUGUUGCAUCGGAAUCGGGAUUGCAAUCACCGAAUAUGUUGAACAACAGCAAUGGCAUGAUGAUAAACAAUAGUAUUACCAAAGCGAAUAUUCAACAACUCAAGGAGAAGAUCGAUCGUUACUCAAAGGAGAAGAUGAGAGAACUCAGAGAAUCCACUCAGUCAAUGUCAAUGAGAAGAGGAGAUAUGGGUGCAACGUUGAGCAACCUCAAUCCACAGGCUGCGGUGGGAUCGUCGACCACUCAGACAUCGACAACCUCUACCAACACCUCUGGUGCCAUCGAGAAAGACAAGGAACGCGACAAACUACUACGAUACAGCGUCGACUUUGAACGAUUCAAAGAACGACACCAAAAAGAGAUGGCCGAGAAGCGUUGUUCACGUGAUAUCUCACGUGAGAUUGAAAGAGAGUUGGAGAAGCGUCUCAGUCCAAGAGAGAGAAUCUCAAUGUUGCUUAGCAACAACAAUAAUAAUAAUAAUAAUAACAUUGGUGGUUCACUCUCUGGACAAUCCAACAGAAUUGGUGAUCGCGAAUCAAGAAGUUUCAGAUACAGUGUUAGCAGUCAGAAUCAAUAUAAUCUCUCGAAUAUAAUGAACAACGGUGGUGGAAAAACCUAUGGAAAUUCAUCGCGCGACAGUGGAAAUUACAACCGUUACUCCAAGGAUUAUAGAUACUCACGCGAGUUGGACAACGAGGAGUUGGACUUCCUCUCACGUCAACAACGUUCACAAAGCUGCUUUGACGACAACAUCCCGAGAAACGGCAGCAGCACUUCAAUCAACAAUAACUAUGAAAACACACAAUAUCAAUCGAUUCUACUCGAACAAAAGUUGGAUAAACUGAAAGAGACAAUGAAUAAUAUACGUACACAAAGAGACGAUCGAACCUCGCGUGACUACACACUCUACAUUCGCGAUAUGGACGAGCUGCGUGCAUCGCUUGCCAAAGAGACAGAGACCUCUGAGUUCUUUGCCACCAAGAGUUUGGAGUUGGUCGAAAAACUGCGCAAGGAGGAAGAGAAGAAUCAAAAGCUGAUGGAGGAGAUUCAGCUGAUGGAAUCAUACUUUGCACUGAAGGAAAAGUUGAAGCGUUCCAAGCGUCAUUCCAUAAGCACCAAAGAGAUACUCACAAGAAGUAGAUCACCUACAUUACCGACCAACAUAACAUCGACAUCGACAACAACAACAACCAACACAUCAAACAAUAAUAUAUCAGGAUCACCAAAAGAACAUAUUUCAUUAUCAACAUCAUCAUCAUCUAUCUCUACAUCCUCAUCGAAUUCAUCAACAUCCAAUAACGCUCAACUGAACAAAGAUCAAAUGAUGAAUCAACUUUUAAGAGGUGGAAAUAGUUCGAGAAAACUUAAAUAA